CGCUCUUGACCAGAACCAUUCACGCAGGUUUCGCCUCUCAUCGGCUUUUGACGGGCUUUGCAGCUAUUCCUGGGCUUUUUGUUUUUUUUGGGGGUUUAUAUAUGGUGUAUUUUUGUUAGGGAAAGAGGAUUUAUAUAUUGGGCGAUAGACAAAAUGUCAAAACAAGGAUUAGCUGCUGCUGGUGCAGAAGAAAAUGGCACUAAGUCAGGUCUUGUGAAAAGACCUAAAAAACAUCAGAAAAAACGUCAGUCUGCAGAAUUCCAUGCUGUAGAGAGUACGAAGAAAACCGUCAAUUUCUUGGAUGAUUCCGAUCGCAAGUUGACAGAUACGUCUUCAAUCAGUAAGACAAGCGUCAAAGAAGUUGCCCGGCAAUUACUGAAAAGUCGGAUGGAACUUCCCAUUUGGGAUGCUAAAAAUGCCUUGCUUAAGAAAUUCCGAGACAACAGAGUGCUUAUAUUAGUUGGUGAAACAGGUUCUGGUAAGUCUACGCAAAUUCCCCAGUUUAUCAAUGAGUGCGACUUUUCUCGGGAAGGCUGUGUUGCAAUUACACAACCCCGUCGUGUUGCUGCUGUGAAUCUUGCUCGUCGUGUAGCCCAGGAACAAGGUUCAAAGCUUGGUGAUACAGUUGGUUACUCUAUUCGUUUCGACGACUGUUCGAGUAGAAGCACCCGUAUUAAAUACAUGACGGACGGUAUGCUUCUUCGAGAACUUAUCAACGACCCACUUCUAUCGAAUUACCAUACAGUCAUUCUCGACGAAGCUCAUGAAAGAACUUUGCUUACAGAUAUGCUGCUUGGUUUCGUGAAAAAGAUUAUUAAGAAACGCCCAGCUCUCCGGGUCAUCGUUAUGAGUGCUACUUUAGACGCUGAGCGGUUUUCUGACUUCUUCGAUGGUGCUGAAAUUUGUUUCAUCAGUGGUAGACAAUACCCAGUACAGGUUCAUUAUACAUAUGCUCCUGAGGUUGAUUAUGUGGAUGCUGCUCUUCGCAGUGUUUUCCAAUUGCAUACGCAGCUGCCCGCCGGCGACAUUCUUGUGUUUUUAACAGGUCAAGAUGAAAUUGAAGCAUUGGAGAGUGUCAUAAAAGACUACUCUAAACAACUUCCACCGAAUGUUCCACAGUUGCACGUGUGUCCAUUAUUUGCCAGUCUUCCUCAAGAACAACAGAUGCAAGUCUUUCAGCCUGCCCCUCCGAAUCAUCGCAAGGUCGUCCUUGCGACCAAUAUUGCAGAAACAUCAAUUACAAUUUCUGGAAUCCGUUAUGUAAUUGAUACAGGUUUAGCCAAAGUAAAGCAAUACAAUGCUCGUCUUGGUCUUGAAAGUUUGUCCGUCGCACCCAUUUCUCAAUCUGCGGCCCGUCAACGUGCUGGUCGUGCCGGUCGUGAGGCACCUGGCCAAUGUUUUUGCUUGUAUACGGAACAAGAUUUUGAAAAAAUGUCCAAAGAGACAAUUCCAGAAAUAAAACGUAUCGAUUUAGCUCAAGCUGUUCUUACACUUAAAGCGCGUGGUCAAGACGAUGUAAUUCAUUUUGACUACAUGGAUCCCCCGUCUCGGGAGAGUUUAGCGCGUGCUUUGGAACACUUGUAUUCUAUUGGGGCUUUGGGUGAUAAUGGAAAAAUUACUGAUAUUGGUUAUCAAAUGUCACUAAUACCUUUGGUUCCUUCUUUAGCACGAGCAUUGCUUAGUGCUGUGGAAAAUGACUGUGUCGCUGAAGUCAUCGACAUUGUUUCUUGUCUAUCAACCGAUAGUUUGUUCGUUUCCCCACAAGAUAAAAGAGAAGAGGCAAAUGAAGCAUGGAGCAAAUUCCGGCAUAAGUUGGGUGACCACCUGACAAGUCUAAAUACUGUACGCCAGUAUUUGUCGGUCAAUGUUUCCGCUCGCAAGUCAUGGUGUCAAAAGAAUUUCAUUAAUAAGCGAGCUCUCAAAACGGUGUUGGACAUUCGAAAACAGCUUCAAGAGCAUGCAAACCGUGCUGGAUGGAAUUGUACUGCCAACGAUAAUUACAACGCUGAAAGUGUACUUUGUUCAUUCCUUCAUGGCUAUAUAACCAACACCGCUCUGUUGCAUCCUGAUGGCUCUUACAAAACAGUCAUUGGCAAUCAAAAUGUUUCCAUUCAUCCUUCUUCUACUCUCUUUGGUAAAAAAGUUGAAUCUAUAAUGUAUCACGAAUCUGUGUUUACUACAAAACCGUAUGCACGCGGUGUUACUGCUAUCCAUGCGUCUUGGUUAACAGAGGUUGCACCUCAUUACCUGGGUCGCCAAUCAGCGUGAUUCGAUGUUCGACGUUCAUUAUGCCGCAGCAUAAUCAAAGCUGAUGGCUUGAAAAUACUAAAGUGAUAGUUUAUCAUAAAAUUAUCUCAAAUAUUGUCUUUGUGUACUGCACAGGGAAAAUGAUACUUAUAGUUAUUCACUUAUUAUUGUAGAUCGUCUAUACAAGAUUAAUGCAGCCGAAGACCA